AAGAACGCUUUGCCCAAGCAGAUAAUACGCAAAAUCCACGCACCUCCUGUCGUGGCGCCUCCAGGUCGCGAAUGAAUGGAAGAACGCUUUGCCUAACUCCGUGACGUGCAAAACGACACGACAAGAUAACGAUACGAAGUCUGUGACGUGGGUCUGAUAAUCGAGCUCUCCAAAGAUAUCAAGGCUUCACUCGAUUCUACACUCAACACCCCAAGUAACAAUCACUCUUACAUAUAGCCAUCAUGAAGCUCACCUUGUCUUUUGCUUUUGCUGCCAUCGCUUUGCUACAAGUGACGGCGGCAGUGCCCGUUGUCGACAAGCGUGUCGUGAAGCCGUCCGCUGGUCUUGUUGCCGAGGGCUCUCCUGAUGUCGAAGGUAAUUCUUCAGCGCCAGCCUCGUUUUUUGCGUGGAAAAUUCACCUAGUUGACAACAUAGACGUCGAGAAGCGUGUCGUGAAGCCGUUCGCAGCCAGAGCCAAAAUUCCAUCGGAGGAGUGGGGCACGUUGGAGGAGUGGGUCGCUGACCCUCCUGCAUCCAUUCUGAGCGCUCUUCAAAUACUACACGCCUUGAGCAGUCUUUAG